CAUCAUUCCUAUUUCAUUCAUUUCACCAGUCUCCUUUACUCACUUGAGAAGCCAGGAAUAUUAUACAGAUACCGGGUAUGUUCGAACGACAGCGACACUCACUCAACGCUUCUACACCUUAGUUCCUAUUUAGGUAGCUUACACCUCGGCUCAACCUUGUAAGUCAGCCAGAGACGUUGUCACCAUUCCGCGGCUCAACUGAAGCCCAAUCAAUCCAUCGCACUCUAAAUCAACAUCGUCCUGACCUCAUCUUCACUCUUUCAUACUUCAUUUAUUAUUCGCAAUACCAAUAAUCGCAAUGGCAUCGCCUUCGCUUCCCGACAGCUAUGCAGCCCUCGACCUCCCGACCCUUCAGCUCUUCCAUCAUCCCCCCUCUUCCAAAGAAGUCACACAUGUCAUAGUCAUAAAGCUUCACCGUCCUGAAGCUCGUAAUGCUUUCACCGACACAAUGGCGGCUUCGCUCUCCCAUGCGCUCAACACACUCUCUGUUGAUCCUCGCGUUCGCGCCAUAGUUCUCACUUCAUCGGAUCCAAAGAAUCGCAUGUACUGCGCUGGUAUGGACUUCAACGAGGAACAUGCGCUGGGGAAAGAUGCUGCCGAUCAUCGCGACUCGGGCGGCAUUGUCACUUUGCCUAUGUAUCGCUGCAACAAGCCUGUUAUCGUCGCCAUCAACGGCUCUGCUGUUGGCGUGGGUAUCACAAUGACUCUCGGCGCCAACAUCCGCGUUGUGAGCCGCGACGCCCAGAUUGGCUUUGUGUUUGGUCGCCGUGGUUUCAGCAUGGAGGCAUGCAGCAGUUUCUUCCUCCCACGCCUCAUAGGAACAAGCCGUGCACUUCACCUCACCACCACUGGCGCUGUCUACCCUGCCACUCACAAGCUUUUUGACGGUCUCUUCAGCGAGAUUGUUGCACCUGAAGAGGUUCUUCCCACGGCGCUCAAGAUCGCGGAUGAAAUAGCGGCUAAUGUAAGUGGUGUCUCUGCGCGGGUAAUGAAGGAUAUGAUUUACAGGGGAGCCUCGUCGCCCGAGGAGGCGCAUUUGCUUGAGAGCAAGAUAUUUUGGGACUUGUUCACAGGCAAGGAUGCGAAAGAGGGGAUGAAUAGCUUCUUGGGCAAGAGGAAGCCAGAUUUCACGGGGACUAUGGACAAGAAUGCGCCCAAAAUCUACCCUUGGUGGACGCCCGUAGAUAUUGCCAGGCCAAAGCUGUAGUGAUUCAUUGCUGGAAAUGUGUCUAUUACUGUAUUUCAUGAUCACUUUGCUAUCUAUGCCUUACGAAUUGUACAAGUACUCCGUUUGUUUUGGUGUAUACUCAUCACUUCAGAGAUCACUGUAUCGUGAUACCCACAAAUCCAUUUCUCCUCAUUCCU